CAGAAAAAGUCCCUCUGAGACAGGAAGCUGCUGCAUAGCCUUGCUGGCAGAGGCAGCGCUGUCUGACAUGUAGAUCUUCUGCCCUGGUGUGUCUGUAAGCAGCUGCCGGACUCCUGGCAAGCUCCCUUUUCUCUCCUUCCUGACUGAUGGAUUCCAAGGGGCUCCUCUCGUUGAACCUCCUGCUAUUGCUUUCUCUGGCUUCUGAGCUGAGCUGCGGAACAGGUGGACACUCAAUGGACUGCCCCAAGAUUAUCCAGAGGUUGGGAAGCAAAUUGAUGCUGCCCCUGACGUACAAAGGGAUAAAUAAAAGCAUGAGCGAGAGCAUCCGCAUUGUUGUCACAAUGGAAACAUCGCUUGGAAGCAUCUUCAAGAAAAAAAUAGUGUCUCUUGAUCCAUCUGAAAGGAGCUCUCCACCCAAUCUAGAAGACCGCUAUAAAUUUCACCUGGAAAGCCUGAGCCUGGAGAUCCUGAAAAGCAGGAAAGAGGAUGAAGGCUGGUACUCUAUGACUACGGAGCAAAACCAUUCGGUCCAGCAGUUUUGCCUGGAGCUGAGGCUUUAUGAGGAGGUCUCCACUCCAGAAAUUAAGGUGUUAAACUGGACGCAGGAGACUGGGAACUGCAGCUUGCUGCUGGCCUGUACAGUCGAGAAGGGGGACCAUGUGGUUUACAGCUGGAGCAAGGAGAUGGACGUCCACCCACUGAGCCUGGCCAACAGCUCUCACCUCCUGUACCUCACCCUUGGCCCUCAGCAUGUCAACAACAUGUACAUCUGCACCGUGAGUAACCCCGUCAGCAACCGCUCCCAGAUCUUCAUCCCGGGGCCCAGUUGCGGGCCUAAUCCUUCAGAAUCAAAACCAUGGGAGCUGUAUGCUUGGUUGUCCUUAGGGGCCAUUGUUUGUGUUGUGAUUGUCAAUUUGAUAAUACUACUGUUGCGAAGAAGAGGUAAAGCAGACCAUGUCCAGCCAACCGUGGAAGCAAAAAGCCUUACUAUCUACGCCCAAGUACAGAACUCAGGUACUGUUCAGAAGAAGCCUGACUUCCCACCAGCUGAGGACCCCUGCACCACCAUUUACGUUGCUGCCACAAAGCCUGUCCCAGAGCCUGUCCAGGAACCAAACUCCAUCACAGUCUAUGCCAGUGUGACCCUUCCGGAGAGCUGACACCACAGACCCAGGGAAGGGACUUUCUGAAGGAAUAUGAAAGAACCAAAAUAAACACGGAGCUGGGCCACAGGCCCCAGGUUCCCUGUGGCACUCUACACGUCUGUACCCUUCUCAGAUCAAAUCCUUGGCAAUGUUUCUUCCACAACCACCUGUGAAAUGGACACAGAAGUGAGGCUUCCCAAGUAUGUAGCCUGCUCUGUGUGGGCACAGGCAUGGAACAGAGCGACUUGCCACAGCUUUCCACCUCUGUGGUGCAGCAGAUGAAAUGAUUAGCUUGAGUCCAGUGAGUCCAGACUUCUGUGCAUCUUGCUCUUUGCUGGGACUGGAGAAUAAAAGCCAAAGACAGAAAGCCAGAACAUAUAUGACCUAUCCCAGGCAGCUGCCCACCAGCCACUGAAUCUGAAAAAGUUUACAUUUAGCUGCUGUGGUUUGUUCUGGAAGACGAUCUGAUCACCGUGCAGACCUGAUCCAGGCUCUGGGCCUGUUUCUCUCUCUCUGGAUGGGCAACGAAGGGUGAAUUCCUUAUUACGUGUAAAACACUCUGAGAUUAUUGUAUAAAAGAAGCUAAAAGGGUCGGUAUUUUAUUUGCAAAACUCAAAAGGUAAGGAGUCAAUAAACAGAAAGACUUUGAGGUCUCUGAGCUUUGAAUAAUGGAAUGACAACCAUCUGAGAGCCUUAAAAGUAUGAUUCUGUGCAAAUGACAUUCAGAUUUAAAGACAAGUGGCAAGUGUUUAGGGGUAUGUGUUACAAAGGAACCUGGGAUUCUCAGAAGAACUUAUCUCAGGGAGAUUUUUCAUUUCCGGAAAGAGAUUUUUUAAAUCCUAGUUCUCUGUGUAUUCCCCUGAACAACAAACCUGGAGCUUCAGGGACAAGUCUCUCUAACCCAAUUCUGAGCUCACUUUCAGAUCUAAGGUUCAAUGAUACUGAAGGCCAGGGUCUGUACCAGGUACCUUCUGUUUCCUGCAUAGCUGUCCUCGUGCUAAUUUCAUCUUGAAGUAGAAAAUGAAGGUAUUUUGGCUUUAAAUGACUGAACCCUCAGUAACUUGGAUUGCAGGUUGGAGGCAGAAAGAACCUCUUUUGGCAAAGUCCUAUUUUCUUCCUAUUCUCUGCUCAGCCCCGAACCAAAUCCAUUGCCGUCGAGUCCACCCUGACUCUCCUUAAUAUAAGCUUCUCUUUUUCUUGUAGGUUCUCGUAUACAGUUAUGAAGCACUUUAAGAAAUAACCAACUAUUUCACAGUUGCAUAGCAAGGGUCACCAAUUUCCCAGCCUGGAACUCUGAGUUCCUGAUUGCUUUUUGCCUUACCUCCUCUAUUCUGUCCCUUCCCAUUUAGGUGCUGUUGCUUGGUGGGUCCCAUUUCCUAGUACGAACUUCUGUACUAGGGUUCUUAGUUGCAAGCAACAGAAACUGACUCUGGAAUUAUUUUUAUAGGAAUUCUACCGAAAAGGUAUUGGUUGGCUCAGAGAAUCGCUAGGAAGUUCUGCAAAACUAUACUUUGAAAAUGGGCAAGAAAGGGGGACACUAGGAUGUGGCUAGGAUUAUAGCUAAAAGUCACAAAGCCUGUCCAGGGAUGAUGAUUCUGGGCCUCACAGUUUCACUGUCACUGCCCCACCCCCAGCACUAGGCACUGGACACCACUGCCUCACCGCCCCCACUGGGCUUGGAAACUCAAUAUUACAGUUGCUGUCGCACUGUCAGCCACCAAAAUGAGCUCUCCAGAGUCCCUCUUCCAUCUUGCCAUCUCUAGCUUCUAAUUAAAAGUCUGGGACCAGUUGGCCAAACCUAGGUCACAUGUUCAUGCGCACCUCCAAGGGAGGCUGGGAAUUGAAACUUGGCAUUUUCCACUUUCGCAGUGGUUGGUGGGCUCUGCCUCUUAUGAGUUAGGGAGUUCCCCAAACAUAGGACGGGAGCUUCAGAUAGGGACAGCCAAAAAAAUCAAAAAAAUGAUAAAUGUCCAUUAUACCAUCCUUUUUAUAACCUUAGGCUCGUUAGCUGUCUAUACUCAAGAACUGUACAGCUACUAACUGGCCUUCGUGAAUCCUGGGUUGUGAGCACUCACUCCUUUACGGCAGCUCCGAUUGGCUCUAGCAGCUCAGUUCCCAACACCUGGGUUUUUCCUGUGGCUGAACUCUACCUGAUGGAAGGGCAAAAACAAAGGGAGAAAGAAGAGGCUCUCCUCUAAAAAUUCCCGAAUCCCUGGGCUCAAGUCUUCACUGGAGGUGGAGGCUGUGUUCCAGAGGAAGUCUUCUGGCCCGUCCAUCCUCCCUUGAAUGUCCGUUGAUGUUAUGUCCUGCACCCUGAGACCCCAGAUUACAAGUGGGAAGCAGAGAGCCUCCUCAGAUGCUACUCUUCCCAUCCUCCAGUUUUCUCCAAAUUGCGCUGUAGGGGAGGAGCUGAAACAUUCCUUUUCCUCAGGCUUAAAAAGAAAAUGAGUACUCUAGUGUCUAGUUUCCCUGUGCUUCUUCUCUAAUGGUUCUUUUCUUUUGACCAAGCAUAUCUGAAUUCUAGAGAACUCAGAAGGAACUGAUACCCAUUCUUGGUUUUAAAAGGGACAGACGUUCUAAAGUACAACUGGGUGUAGUCCCAGGCCUCUUUAGGACACUUACCCCAGUCACAUGCUGGGGCGUGAUUGUUAAAGGGUGCAUCCACUGUCGGAGAAACCACUAAGUAUAAUAAAUUAAUUAUGCUAAUGAAGCUUGUGUGUCUACCUCCUAGAAAUAAAUAAAAUACUGCCAGUUCACCAAAGAAGUUGUACCUUUGUUUUGUGUUUCUCAUGGAGGUAUGUGGAUAAACACCGAUUAGUUCCAUGGCCUUGUGUCUCUGUAGCUAUAGUUAUGAAAUAAUGAAGGUGGGCUGAUUGAUUUGAUGAGUGAACUGUGAGAUUUUCCUUUUCUGAGGGAGCAGGCAAGGGCUAGCUUUGUACCCCCUUCACCAAAGGCCCGGGGCCAGCCUCCGUACAAAGAGGAGAAUUCUUUCUGAAGCAUAGUUUAUUUUUUUGUCACGGCCAGAACAAACCCAUUCCCUGGAUCUCCCCAAUUUCCCCUCGUGAAGGACAGUUAGAGCACGGUUUCUCAGUAGCAGCGAUAUUGAUGUUUUAGGCUGGAUAGUUCUUUGUUGUGGGGGCCUGUUCUGUGCAAUGUAGAAUAUUUGGUAGCAUCCCUGGACUCUACUAGUUAGAUGUCAGUAGCCUAUCCCCUGCUCCAGUCCUGACAAUCAAAAAUGUCUCCAGACAUUGUCAAAUGUCCCCUGGAGUGUGAACUCAUCACUGAUUGGGAACCACUGAUCUAGACAAAAGCUGACCUCUUGGUCAGCAUGUACGAGACUAGUUAUACUUCUAAGUCUGUGGAGCAGUUCUACUCUGUAAACAUGGGAUUGCCAUGAGCCAGAGUUGACUCAGUGGCAAAAGGUUUGGCUUUGGUAUAUGGCAAGAAGCAAAUCUAUCAAAAAUCAUGUUUUGAAAGUGUCCACUUGGUCACUUAAGCAUGGCCCAACUCAUGCCAGAACGCCCAAGGAUACCUCCACCUGAGAAUCACUUGGGUGGCUUUUUAAAAAUACCGAUGUCUAAUCCCUACCUGAAACCCAGAUGAAAUCUGAGUUGAGAUCUAUAGAACCACCAACCUAGAAAGAAGCUCCAUAGUCAUACCUGAAAGAAUUUUGUGAAGAGUUCCGCGCAACAGCCACAAGAGGGUGAUGUAGCAAUAAAUUUCUCCUCACUACAGCCUCCGCACCACGUCUUUUGUACCUAAAGAAUGUGGCCUUAGUCACAGACUCCCUGAGACCUUAACUGGUUUCUAAUCAACUCAAAACACUUACAGGCUGGAGGCCCAAUGUGGAUUGAUGAGAGACUCUAAUCAAAGUCACUGCAUUGUUUAUUUCACAUAAGACUCCUAGUUCUACUCAGUGAUUUACCCAUUCGCCAAAUAGUUAUUAUGUUUUACUAUGUGUUCUGGGUUUACUAUGUGUUAGAGCUCAUAAUCCAGUGGAAGAUAUAAAGGACACAGUUAGAAUAUUGUGAAAGGUGAUUGCAUGAUUUACUGUCCAAUCUAGGACCCAUUUGAAAAUAAAAACCAAACUCAUUGCCAACAAGUCGAUUCCAAUUCAUAGCAACCCUGCAGCGCAGAGUAGAACUGCCCCAUAGGGUUUCCAAGGAGGGAAUGGUGGAUUCGAACUACAGACCUUUUGGUUAGCAGUUGUAGCUCUUUAACCUCUGCACCGCCAGGGGAUGCAACUGAUAAUUACAUCAGGUCAACUGGUGGGCAAAUCAGAAUGUGUAGUCACCUUAACGACAGACAAAGUAAGGGGUCUUCAGACGACACAUAGGAGGUGCACCCAACUCAGACUUCAGGAGUGAAGAGAGGCGAGAAGUUUACAACAGAGGAAAUGAAGUGGAAAAUAUCCAGGAGUUAGACAAAGAUGGACACUGCAACUCAGAAUCAAAAAUGUGUUGUUAGAUGCCGUCCAGUUAGUUCCUACUCAUAGAUUUUAACAUCAUUGCUUUUUAACACUUUUUUUUUGAAGUUAUACUUUAGAUGAAGGUUUACAGAACAAACUAGUUUCUCAUUAAAGAGUUAGUACAUGUACUGUUUUAUGACAUUGGUUACCAACCCCGCGACAUGUCAAAACUCUUCCUUCUCGACCCUGAGUUCCCUGUUACCAGCUUUCCUGUCCCCUUCUGACUCCUAGUCCUUGCCCCUGGGCUGGUUUUCCCCUUUAGCCUCGUUUUGUUUUAUGGGCCUGUCUAAUCUUUGAGUGAAGGAUGGACCUCGGGAAUGACUUCAUUACUGAACUAAAAGCAUGUCUGGGGGCCAUACUCUCUGGGUUUCUCCAGUCUCUGCCAGGCCAGUAAGUCUGGUCUGUUUUUGUGAGUUAGAACUUUGUUCUACAUUUUUCUCCAGCUCUGUCUGGAACCCUCUAUUGUGAUCCCUGUUAGAGCAGUCCGUGGUGGUAGCCAGGCACCAUCUAGUUAUACUGGAUUCAGUCUGGUGGAGGCCAUGGUAGACGUGGCCCAUCAGUCCUUUGAACUAAUCUUUCCCUUGUAUGUUUAGUUUUCUUCAUUCUUUCUUGCUCCCGAAGGGGUGAGACCAGUGGAAUAUCUUAGACGGCUGCUCACAGGCUUUUAAGACCCCAGACGCUACUCGCCAAAGUAGAACGUAGAACAUUUUCUUUAUAAGCUAUGUUAUGCCAGUUGAGCUAGGUGUUCCCAACAUCAUGGUCCCCAAAGCCCUCAGCCUAGCAAUUCUGUCUCUCAGGGAGUCUGGAUGUGUCUAUGGAGCUUCCAUGACCUUGCCUUGUACAAGUUGUGCUGUUUUCUCCAGUAUUAUGUAAAGUCUUGACCUUCACGAAAGUUACCACUUGCCUGCUGUCUAUUUAGUGUUUUUCCAUCUCCACCCCUCCCCUCCCUCAUAACCAUCAAAGAUUGUUUCUUUUUGUGUGUAAACAUUUUCAUGAGUUUUUACAGUAGUGGUCUCAUACAAUAUUAGUCCUUUUGUGAUUGACUUUUAUCACCCAGCAUGGUGCUAUUCAGGUUCACCCGUGUUAUGAGAUGCUUCACAGAUUCAUCGUUGUUCUUCAUCAUUGCAUAAUACUCCAUCGUGUGUAUGUACCACAGUUCGUUUAUCCAUCCGUCUGUUGACAGGCAUCUAGGCUGUUUCCAUCUUUUUUGCUAUUGUGAACAAUGCUGCAAUGGACAUGAGUGUGCAUAUGCAUAUUGG